AUGUUGUGGUGUUUCGUCUUUCUGGGUCUGUUUGCAAGUGUUUUAGCGGAUAAUUAUGCCUUCCAGUCAAAUGCACUUCCAUCGCAGGAUGUCAUGCCAACCCUGGCGAAUGGUCACAUAGGACUGGUUGUUUUUGACCACUCCAUCCUCGUCAACGGCCUCUACAAUGGCUUCAUGGGCUACAGCCAUCGGGCGAGGAUUCCCAACCACGCCAACAUUCAAAUGAGAUCCUGCGCGAAAGACACCAAAACCGAUGCCGAUGAUUGUCUCUACGAGCUGAACAUCCGCCACGGAUUCUUCCGGACAGUUCUCACGGGCAGCACAUUCUCCGCUGAGCAUCGAGUGUACACUCACAGAUACUUCAACCGCCUGAUAGUGAAUGAAUUUCGACUGAGCCGCACCGGAGGAACAGGAGCUAUUACCCUUGAUUUGGUGCAACUUCCCGGUGAUCCUUCUGUGGAUUUCACCUUCUCGUCAGCACAGCCUGAAGACAUCGGCGGACUUUCCUUCCAGCGAAUCGCUGGCCAAACAGUCGCCGUUGAAGAUCCCAAUUACCAAAAGGAGCUCCGAACAGUCAAUGUCUUUUACCAGACUGCUCCUGAUCAGUUGAUCCUGCCGGACGGACAGAAUGAAAUCACAGUGGGAUACUUAACGGCCGUGGACUUUAACGAGGGAGUGGCCAGGAAGGAUCUCGUCGAUGCCAUUCCACAGCUGAAUGUGAAUCAGAUCUUCAACACACACGAGCAGAUGUGGGAAACUUUCUGGCAAACCUAUGGAAUCACAGUCGUUGGCGAUGACAAUCUGGCAAGCUCCAUUCACACGAGUCUCUUCUUCCUGUCCAGCUCUCUGCCCUCGCUAGAGAGCAACCAAGGCAACUAUGACUUCUACGGUCUGGCGCCGGCGGGACUCGGGCGCGGCGGAGUCAUGUUGAUGGAAUAUCAGGGUCACAGCUUCUGGGACACAGAGAUUUGGAUGCAGCCGCCAGUGUUGAUGCUGGAGCCGAAAUGGAGUCGAGAUUUGCUCCACUAUCGCCACAUCACACGCGAGGCUGCCCAGAAUCACGCCCGUCAGACUGGAUGGAAGGGUCGCAGGUACGUCUGGGAGUCCGCGUACACGGGCAGAGAAGUCACUCCGCCGUGCUGCCCAGAAGUCGUCCUGUAUCAGCAUCACAUCACGGCGGACAUCGUCUUUGCCGCCAGAUCGCACUUCUUCGCCACCCACGAUAUGGACUACUUGAGGCAAGAAGGAUGCCAAUUGGCCGUGGAAAGUGCUGAGUUCUGGGAGAGUCGAGUUGUGUGGAAUGAAGACACCGAAACGUACGACAUUCGCGCCGUCAUGGGUCCGGAUGAGGAUCAUCACAACGUGACCAACAAUGUCUACACAAACGUUGUGGCGGGAUACAAUUUGUACUUCUCCGAAUUCGCAUCGUGCUUGUGCAAGGAAGUGUUGAAUCUUCAGGAGUACGAAUUAGUAGAAAAGUGGUCAGAAAUUGCUCGCCAAUUGACACUCCUUCACGACUCCGAACACGACUAUCAUCCGCAGUUUGAGGGAUAUGAGCGCGGAACGGCAAUCAAGCAGGCGGACGUUGUCCUCCUGGGAUUCCCGCUUCAGUAUCCAAUGGACGAGAGCACGAAGAAGAACAAUCUGCACUACUAUUCGGACAUGACGAGGGAAGAUGGGCCCGCGAUGACUUGGUCUAUGCACGUCAUUGGACACCUGGACAUUGGGGAGGAUGACGAGGCGGCGCAGAACUUCAAGCGGAGCUAUGACAAUUACAUCCGACGCCCAUUCAUGGUGUGGAGUGAGGCGGCAGAAGGUUUCGUGGGCGCUGGGAACUUCAUCACGGGCGCCGGAGGAUUCUUGCAAGGCAUCAUCAAUGGCUACGCCGGAGUUCGUCUCCAUCAGGACAGCAUGACCGUUGAACGACCCAGGAUUGCUCCGGGUGUCACUGAACUCACAAUAAACCGAAUCACAUAUCUGGGCUCAACGUUCAGUAUCACAAUGCAGUCAUCGCAGACAAUCUUCAGGACGACUUACAGCAAUCCGCAGAUUCCUCUCUCAUUCGCAAUCAAUGAUGAGGAAAUUGAGGGAGAAAUCCCACCUCUCACGCCAACUGAUGUCCUCGUGAUCAAGCCCAAAUCCUAUCCCUUCGGCGAUUGCCAACUGCCGUCAAACUUAAUCGGCGGAGCACAAAGUCUUAAGAUCGCAUCAAUUGUACUGUUUAUAACUACUCUCGCUACACUUCUAAUCAGCAAGUAA